CAUCAACAACAGAAAAAAGCGAUAAAAAACCAACAAAAGAAGAUGACGACAUUGAUUUAUUUGGGUCGGAUGAGGAUGAGAAUGAAAAUGAGGAAGCAAUACGAAUCAGGGAAGAACGAGUAGCAAUGUAUGCUGCCAAAAAAAGCAAAAAGGAGCAAGUCAUUGCUAAAAGUGCGAUAGUUCUUGACGUUAAACCAUGGGAUGAUGAAACAAAUAUGGAAGAAUUAGAAAAGGCUGUUCGCACUAUUGCAACUGAUGGUUUAAUCUGGGGUGCCUCAAAACUCGUUCCGGUAGCAUAUGGAGUUCAAAAACUACAGAUUAAUUGUGUUGUUGAAGAUGAUAAAGUUGGUACCGACUUCCUUGAAGAAAAAAUCAGUGAAUUCGAAGAUUAUGUUCAAUCAGUGGAUAUUGCAUCAUUCAAUAAA